AGCAGUUUUGAGGAGAAGGGAGAGAGAAACUAAAGUGUCUCUCUUUUUCUUUCUUUUUUUUCUUCUUCUCUGCAUUGUCCAUUUAUCCUGUCGUCUUUGACGCUUUUGUAAAAGCUAAAAAAGAUAAAAGAUGCCAAACAACGACGAAGACUAGAAAAAAGACCCACUUCUCUCUCUCUCUUUAUUCUUCUUCUUCUUCCUUCCUUCUCCUUCUUCUUUGUUCUUCAUUCUUGAGAUUCUUUCUUCUCUGUUUCUUUCCGGGUCUUGAGAGUAUAUCCAUAAAGAUCCCAGAAAAAUGACUAAAGUGUGUCCUGAAAUAGAAGAAGAGACAUUGCCUAAGUCAGCUGUUCCAGUAUCAGCAGAUGUGAGCUUUGCUUCUGAUCAUUUUCCAACAUACAAACUAGGACCUGAUAAUCAGAUAAUAGAGGAACCUAAGGAAGAUGAUAAAGGUCCAUCAGUGAAAGAGACUGUACAGAAAGAGAGCGAGCUCUUGUCUGAUCAGCACAAGCGGCUUUCCGUCCGCGACCUUGCUAGUAAGUUCGACAAGAAUCUUGCUGCAGCUGUUAGUUUGGCUGAUGAGGCUAAACUAAGAGAAGUGGCUUCUUUGGAGGGACAUGUUAUGUUGAAGAAGCUAAGGGAUGCUUUAGAAUACAUGAGGGGACGCACGGAUGGGCAAAACAAGGAAGAUGUGGAAACAGCUAUCUCCAUGGUUGAAGCACUGGCUGUGAAGUUAACUCAAAAUGAAGGUGAACUAAUUCAAGAAAAGUUUGAAGUGAAGAAGCUAGGAAACUUCCUCAAGCAGACUUCAGAAGAUGCAAAGAAACUGGUAAAUCAAGAAAAGUCAUUCGCUUGUGCUGAGAUUGAAACUGCAAGGGCCGUUGUGCUGAAACUUGGAGAGGCAUUUGAAGAACAAGAACGGAUUUCUGAAGCUUCUAGAGCUCAGGGGCCGGAUGUGGAGAAAUUGGUUAAGGAGGUUCAAGAAGCUAGGCAAAUUAAACGGAUGCAUCACCCCACAAAGGUGAUGGGCAUGCAACACGAGCUUCAUGGUUUAAGGAAUCGAAUCCAAGAGAAGUAUAUGAAUUCUGUUAAACUUCACAAAGAGAUAGCAAUAAUCAAGAGAGUAGAAGAAUCCAAGUCUUGUCCGUUUGUUCUGGAAGGCACACAAAGUCUCGGUUCUUGCUUAAGAAUCUGUAUUAAUGGUCUUGAAAAUGCUCCUGAUCUUUCCAACUGUUCGAUCCAGUGGUAUCGCGCAGCAUGUGAAACUAGUCGAAGGGAAGCUAUAUCUGGUGCCAUCCAAUCGAUAUAUGCUCCAGAACCAUUCGAUGUUGGGAGGAUCUUACAGGCAGACAUUCUUUCAAAUGGACAAAAAUUCACAGUUACAACCGAUGAUCCAGUUGAUCCUGAUUCUGGCUUGCAGUCACGCGUAGAGACGCUGAUGCGAAAAUCUAACAGUGAAUUCAGCGUGGUUAUAUCACAGAUGAAUGGACAAGACUAUGCAUCCCGGUCUCAUAUCUUUACCAUUGGAAAGACAAGGAUAAAGCUGUCUCGAGGAUGGAUCUCAAAGGCGAGAGAAAUAUAUUCGACAUCCAUGCAGCUCUGUGGAGUUAGAAGCAAUAUUAAGACUCCUACCAAGGCGUUGUUCUGGCAACCAAGAAAGAGUCUAAGUUUCAUUCUUACCUUUGAAUCAGAACAAGAACGUAAUGCAGCAAUAGUCCUUGCUCGCAAAUACGCUUUCGAUUGCAAUGUUUCACUGCUUGGCCCAGAUGAUUGAGUGAAGCAGACAAUGUCAUUAACGAACCACCUGAUAUUUUUUUCCCCUGACGGCCGGAUUUUCUUGUUCUGUGUGUUUGUGUGCGGCUACUUUUUUGUUUUUUUUCGCACUGGACCAAAGAAGGAAGGUGCAAGUUUGGGUUCUCUACUGAUCAUACAAUGUUGCUGCAUAGAGUUUUAUUAUAGGCAGCAGAUUUCUUUUUUCUUUUUCUUUCCUUCUUUUGCUUGAUCAUCAGUUUGAUAUGGUUGGCAUUUCUAUUUGUUUGGUUUGUUUGUUUGAUUUUAUUUUAUUUUAUUUUUUUGUUUCAAUUAGGACGCAACAUUGUUAAUCAGCUUAUGAGUGUGAGAUGACAACUGUUACCAUUGCUUCACCAUAUUACCAGA